AUGAAAAAAACAAAUUUGAAGAUAAAUGCUAAUGCUACUUAAAAAAGACAAAAUAAAGAAAAUUCAAUUAAAUCUCCACGGAAAGCUAUCUCCCCUAAAAAUUUUAGAUAAAAAUUAACUUGCCCUGAUUUAUGGGAUAACAUUGAAAAAUAAUCAAUCACUUCUGAAACAAUAUUUUAAUAAAUAUUUCCAAACCCUAAUAGAAAGAGAUUAACUUAUUUUUAGUUUGAUUAAAUCAAAUUUUUGAGCGCAGAAAAAAAUGAAAUUUUUGAUUUAUUAUAAUAAGAUGAUUGGAUUGAAUACAAUAGAGCUGGUAAAAUUCUAGGAGAAAAAUAUGGUUAUGAAUAAAGUCAAUUAAAAAAAUGGUUUGAUGACAAUUAAGUCAAUUAAACUAUUAAGAAAGUAGAUCUACUCAAAAAAUAUAAAGAUAAAAGUAAUUUUAUAACUAAGUAUUUUAUUUGAAGAAAUUAUUAGAUUAUUUGAAGAAAUUGAUUUUAACAAUACAUAAGAAUUAUCGUAUUGGGAUGUAUAUCUUCAUAAAGAUAUUUAUGUGCUGAAAUAAAUAAUUCCACUAUGA